GUGGUGGGCUGCGCUGGGCUGCGUGUGGGGGGGGGGGGGGGUGGCGCCGUCUUCCGCGGGUGGUGGGCGGGAGGCAGUGCUGGGAGAUCUGUGAAAACCUAGACUCGCAAAAUGAAUAAAGAUGCCCAGAUGAGAGCAACCAUUAACCAAAAGCUGAUAGAAACAGGAGAGCGAGAACGCCUUAAAGAGUUGCUGAGAGCCAAGUUAAUUGAAUGUGGCUGGAAGGAUCAGUUGAAGGCACAUUGCAAAGAUGUGAUUAAAGAAAAAGGAUUAGAGCAUGUUACUGUUGACGAUUUGGUGGCAGAAAUCACUCCCAAAGGCAGAGCCUUGGUACCGGACAGUGUAAAGAAAGAACUCCUACAAAGAAUAAGAACCUUCCUUGCCCAGCAUGCCAGUCUUUAACUUUGACAUUGUCUUGGAUACAGUGUUUCUGUAUUAUGUCAGUCAUGUCAGGAUUGGAAUGCACUUUCCAUACUGAAGGAUUGAAGUAUUUUUUCUUUCUUUUUUUCUUUUCUUUUUCUUUUUGUAUGAUGAGUUGAAAUUUCAUUGCACUGCAUCAGUUUCUUAAAUUUGGUGUUAUUUUAAUAAAAAAAAUCUUUUGUGGACUUGUGAUUUUAAGGUUCCUCUCUCCUGUUGCUUCAUGAGUAUGUUGUUAUAUUAGAACACCUAUUUCACUUUUUUCAAUUUUCAAUAAACCGUAAUUUUGUACAAUUUUUUUAA